AUGACAAGAGAGGUUGAAAUAUUUAAUGAAUAUUCAUUUAUUGCUACAUUCACCGUCAGCUUAGAACGAAAGUCGACGUUUAUGGUGGUGAACAUCAUAUUGCCAAUAGUGUUUUUGGCUGCAAUCAACCUGCUGGUGUUCGUGCUACCACCCGAAGCCGGGGAACGGGUUUCAUUGUCUGUAACAAUACUCAUGUCCUUGGCCGUGUUUAUGACAUUGGUUGGGGAUAACCUGCCAAAGACUUCCGAUCCUCUUCCAGUGCUUAGCUAUGACCUGCUGACAACCAUGACAAUCAGCACUCUCAUGUGUGUCAUGGCCAUUCUGAAUCUUGCAAUCUACUACAAAAAUGAGCAGUCUCGACCAUCAAAGUGCAUUGCUGCCGUAGCAGCUACAGUCGUCCGUCGAAAAACAGAUUUCAACUCGCUUAAAGUCGAUGAUACCUCCUCAAAAGCGGACUGCAAACUGAAAAUCGAGAAUCGUUUUGAACCACUGAAGCUUGCAUUCGAGAAUAAUAAAGACGUUUUGCUAAGAUGGAAGGACGUUAGUUAUGUUGUUGAUAUUCUGUGUUUUGUCGGCUUCCUCAUUGGAUUGUGUUCAAUUAACAUUUACUACAUUGUGCUGUUCACAUCACACUAA